UUUAAAACUUGCAGUUACAUUUUAGCCCUUGUAAUCUUAGUUUUCUUCACAAUCUGGGCAAUUACUCAUGCCAUGGAUCCUCACCUUUAUAUCUUCAUCGAACCCUAGUUUAUCACCUGCUGAUUUCUAUCGACGGCAAACACCCUGGCUUCUCGAUCGAAUCUCUUUUUGGCGGCUAUUAACUGAAGGUAUUUUUAUUUUUUGUAUCUCGACACGAGUUUUGGCAAACCCAAAACAAGGUGACACCCCCAUUCUUUUACGAACCCUAAUAAUAAUCCGAAGAGGAAUUGCUUGAAAAACCUUGGUCUUGAUUGAUAUACAGAUCGCCAAUUCCCACACCACCUUUAAAUCUUCCCCUUCAGGAUACCAUGAAACUAUCUUUUUCCCUUUCAUCUUCAAAACCCCCAAAACCUACUCUAAAAUCAUUGCAGGAUCAGCCAUCAUCGUCUCUGAAAAAAGAAUUCGUCACAGAGUUUGACCCAUCCAAAUCCCUAGCGGAUCGCAAUUCCAAAAACCCUGUUGUGAUUGCUCCGAUUUCCAACGAAUGGAGACCUCAGAAAAAGAUGCGGAACAUCGAUCUACCGGUCAAAUCCGACGACCCCAACCUUGAAUUCGAAGUCAUGAAUCAUACUGUCGAGCAAACCGAUCCGAACAUCACAUAUGGUCUCAAUCUCCGUGGCAAGAAAGAUUCUGCACCUGAUUCAGAAUCAAAAGUCCAGAGAUCCCAAUCGACUUCCUCGAUCGAUAAUUUGAUGUUGAACAAGUUGAGAAACGAUCUGGAGAGGUUACCGGAGGAUAGAGGGAUGGAAGAGUUCGAAGAUAUGUCUGUGGAGGACUUCGCAUCUGCUUUGCUAAAAGGGUAUGGGUGGGUUGAAGGGAGAGGAAUUGGGAAGAAUGCCAAAGAAGAUGUCAAGGUAGUUGAGUACACAAAAAGAACUGGGAAAGAAGGGUUAGGGUUCGUGAAUGAUAUGCCCAUGCCACCGACCACUGAAAGCAACAACAGAUCUACAAAAACCAAAACAGAAGGUGUUAGCAAUGGGGAAAGAAAAGAGAGUAGUGGUGAUAGGAGGAGUAGGGAGGAGGUGAAAGGGCGGAGUGGUGGUGGUGAUAGGAGGAGCAAAGAUUCAACAGUUCACCGGAGUCACAGUCAAAGAGAUGAAUCAAGUUAUGAUAAGCGUAAGGGUAGUAAAAGGAGGCAUGAAAUUAGUCCUGCUCCUACCACUUCAAAAUCUUGGUUAAAUAGUCACAUUAGAGUAAGAAUUAUUAGCAAACAGUUAAAAGGAGGGAGAUUGUAUUUACAAAAGGGUGAGAUUGUGGAUGUUGUGGGCCCCACUACUUGUGAUAUAUCCAUGGAUAAUAGUCGGGAGCUUGUACAAGGUGUAGAACAAGAGUUUCUUGAGACUGCACUCCCUAGACGAGGCGGACCUGUUCUUGUUUUGUAUGGUAGGCAUAAGGGUGUUUAUGGGAGUUUGCAGGAGAAAGAUAAUGAUAAUGAAACUGCAGUUGUUCGUGAUGCAGAUACACAUGCUUUGAUCAAUGUUCGAUUAGAGCAAAUUGCUGAGUAUCUCGGAGAUCCUGAUGAUAUUGGUUACUGAUUUGAUUUGUUGUUCAUGAUUCAGGUUAGAUUUUCUGAAAACCAUAUGAGAGUGUACAACUUUGUGAUUUAUACUGGUUUGAAUUCAAAAUGGGUUCAAUGUCUUGCAUCUUUAUUACAUUUUGAUGUUCUCGGGAAUUUGUUUUUAAGCUUUUGUUGAUUAUCAUUUAAAAUGGGUACAUGUAAUGUAGUUUUUAUUCAUAAUCACAAUAUUGUCGACAUGUUGCUUAAUUUUCUGUUUAAAGUGUCAUAUUUUUAUA